AUGGCGUCUUUGCCUGCGACUGCGACUGCGCCCACGUACGAGGAGCUACAGGCUGUGGUUGUCUCGCUGCGCGAGGAGCUCGCUCGGGCGACAGCGGCUCCUUCCACGCUUGCUGCUGGAGCGAGCCGGGCAGGAACUGGGGCUGAGGUCCUCGCCAGGGCGAGGGCGCAGACCUCCAUGUCGGCCGAGGUGGUGGACUGGAACCCGUAUUCGCGGCUCAUGGCGCUGCAGCGGAUGGGCGUGGUCACCGACUACGAGCGGAUCCGGACGCUGACGGUGGCGGUGGUUGGCGUCGGCGGCGUCGGCUCGGUAGCAGCCGAGAUGCUGACCCGGUGCGGCAUCGGCAAGCUCUUGCUGUUUGACUACGACACGGUCGAGCUGGCCAACAUGAACAGGCUUUUCUUCCGGCCUGAUCAGGCCGGAAUGACCAAGACUUCUGCAGCGGCGGCGACGCUCGCGGUCAUCAACCCGGACGUAGCCAUCGACGCUCACCACUACAACAUCACCGCGCCGGACAAGUUUGACGACUUUCUAGACGCGCUGCAGAGCGGUGGACUCGCGGGCCAGGCUGUCGACCUUGUGCUCUCGUGCGUCGAUAACUUUGAGGCGCGGAUGGCCAUCAACCAGGCGUGCAAUGAGCUGGGGCAAGACUGGAUGGAGUCGGGCGUGUCGGAGAACGCCGUCUCGGGGCACAUCCAGCUCAUGAUACCCGGUCGGAGCGCGUGUUUUGCCUGUGCGCCGCCUCUGAUUGUGGCGCGCAAAGGUGAUGAGCGCGAACUGAAGCGCGAGGGGGUGUGCGCGGCCUCACUGCCCACCACCAUGGGCAUUGUCGCCGGCCUCCUUGUCCAGAACGUGCUCAAGUUCCUGCUGGGCUUUGGCCAGCCGACGUACUACCUCGGAUACAAUGCCCUCUCGGACUUUUUCCCGUCGAUGGUGCUGCGGCCGAACCCAGGGUGCGAUAACAGCGCGUGCCGCGCGCGGCAGGCCGACUGGGCGGCGCACAUCGCGGCGCACCCCGAGGACGACACCCAGCUCGGCGCGCCGCCUCCUCCUCCACCGGCUGUUGCGCCGCAAUCGACCGAGAACGCGUGGGGCAUUGUUAUUGAGUGCGAUGAGGGCGAGGAGGAGCGUUCCCAGCCCACUGCGGGCGGCGAUGCUGAGCUCGUUCCUGGCGUGCGGCCUGCGUACAAUCCGGAUGCGCCGCCAACCAACGACGCCCUCGCGCCGCGUGUCGACGCCGCGGAUCUCGACCUCGACGCGCUCCGAGCGCAGCUUGCAAACAUGUGAAAGAGAAUACAGUUUACCGAA